AGGCCGUCGGCGUCACUGCACCUGCUGCUCCUAUUAGCCGGCCGCGAGGCUUCGCGGCGCCUCAUUCACGAGAAGAUGGCGGACUGCGCACCACUAUUAGAUGAGGAACUCUCGUCCUUCGUCUUCAGUUACCUGACAGAGAACCCCGACAGCCAGUAUGGGGAGGAGGAGGUGUGCUCGGAUCGCCUGGACAGCGAUUUUCCCGACAUCGACCUCUUGCAGCUGGACACCAGCGACUUCGACAGCGUCAACUGUCUCGGCGAACUGCAGUGGUGCAGCGACCAGGCGGCCGACGCCUCGCCGGCCUCCAUCCGAUGCACACCCGAUGAGCUCUUUGAGAUCGAAGAGGAGAACGCGGCACUGCUGGCCGCUCUGACGGACAGCCUGGACGGCAUAGUGGACGCCGAGGUGGGCGGCCUGUCCGUCUUCCCCGCCCUGGAGGAAGACGAGCCAGAGCGGGACAAGGAAGACCAGGACCACCUUCACCGUCUUUCUUUCGGCGCAAACCACUUCAAACGCUCACAGGACACAGAGGACCCCUCUCUGCUGAAGACCCUGCUGCUGACUCCGCCCAAUGUGCCUGCGGGUAAAGAUAGCGUCCACGGGCAUCGGUAUAGCAACAGAGGAUUGCACCAGCGAACGGUCCGACCUCCGGUUAAGAUGGACCCCUCUCAGGUGCGGAAGCCCCGCGCUGUGCGUCCCGCAGGCCGCCUGUGCACUGAGCUCCACCGCCACCUCACCGCUGCCCUGCGGGACGCCAUAGAGCCCACGACACCCGACACGGAGGACGAGGAGGAGGAGGAAGACGACGAGGACAGCGAGUCAGAGGAGGACGAUGAUGAGGAAGAAGAAUCUUCCGGUAGCGAGGUGGAGGCAAGGCAAGGCGAGGCCCCCGCCGAGCCGGCCAAGCCUCAGUUCACCUCGGAGAAAGAACUCCGCUCGGUAGUGGACCUUAUCACCUACAUGCACACAUACUGCAUGCCCGUGCGCAAGCAACAGAGUCUGGACCGCAAGGACCCGCCCAGGCCUCGGGCUCGACCUGACGCUGCCCGCCCGCCCGUUACAAACUCUCACAGUCGGGUGGUCCUGGUGGCUCCCCCAGCGAGCGGCAGGCCUGGGGGUGCCCCCCGGAGGCUUCCCUUCGCGAGGCGACGGGAGAUGAAGACCGACUCGCUUCUCCGUGAGCUCCUGCAACAAAGUAGCUCCUUCGACGUGAGCAAGCCUUACGGACUGCAUAGUCCGCCAUACACCCAAGCGGGAACGGGACCCCUGCCUUCCAACCGCCCACCCGGCACCGCCACUCCUAAACUGGAGCUUUGUAAGGACCAUUCCUCACCCGAGAGGAGACACUCCUCCUGCGAGGCGCCGCAAAGCCCCGAUGAGGACUGCAGCUCCUUCUUGGUGCGCCGCUCCAGACGUCUGGCCUCCUUCCCCAGCCGCUUUGCCAAGAGACUGCGGCCCGGGCGGGCCGGGGAGGGUGACAGGAAGGAGGAGAGGGACGACGGGCAAGAUGCGGGCAAGCUCUCGCCAACUCAAGCGGGGGGGCGGACCACGACAGAAGGGAAUGAAACGGAGGCGACCGAAACCUGCUGCCACAACGAGAAGCGAGCCUGCCUGUGUCUGCCUCUCGACGCCGGCAAAUCCACAAGAGAGUUCAGCAGCAAGACCUUCGAGCAGACACUCUGCGUGGAUCUGUGCGGAACUGCAGGUCUGACGCCGCCCACCACACCGCCUCACAAGCCAGUGGAGGAUGACCUCUUCAAGCCAAGCGAGGCCCGAAAGGGUGGCGAAAGCUAUGGUGACGGUGAGGAGUCCGUCCACUCGUCCGUCCACACGUCCGUCCACUCCUCUUCUGGCGGCGUUGGUGGCCUCCGAGGCUCCUGGCUAAGCCGCACGCACCAGCGUAAGCUUCCGGAGCAGACGGAGCUGUACGCCCAGCUGCGGCGCAUGGGUCAGGCCGGAGAUGCCGACGCCUGCCGCGGCUUCGGCGACCACGACUACUGCGCGCUGAGCCUCGGAGAGACCCGCAAGCGCAGCAUCGCCAUGCUAGGCGCAAUGCUGCAGAGGGCCGGAGAACUCAACGCUGGCGACGCCGUGUCAGAAAAUAGCGUCCUAUUCAACAUCGACCAGCCUCUGACAUCUUCGCCGCAGCCCGAUCGCCAAUCGGCCGCCGCCACGCCCCCUGUCUCGGAGGAAGAGGCGGAGCGCUCUGCGGCAUCCCGCUCGCCCUCGCCGACCAUUCACGUGUGUCCCGACUCCCCCGCCAGCAAGGCCGACUCUAGUGAACAUUCAGAGAUGCGCCCAGACGACGAGCAGAGGAGCAAAGCCAAAUCCGAGGAGAACUGUCAGGUGUUCUACAUCCACAACCUACCCAGCAGCAUGACCCAGAACACGUUGAGGAAGCGCUUUCAGGUCUUUGGCACGGCCGAGGACUGCAAAGUCAUCAUCUGUAACGAGUAUGUAACCCGCUGUCAACCAGACCGAGUACUUUCCAAGGAGCGCUGCGGCGUCAUAAAGAUCCGCCAGUCCGGAAUCCAGCGGCACCGGAGGGAGCGUGAGAAUGUUUUCCAGACCACACCUGCAGGCGGGAGGAGACUGACGAGGAAGCGCUACAUUGACCUUGACGAGGCGGGUCCAGGCCCGGUCAAGAGCAAGUAUGACGCGCUGGACUUCGACACUCUGAUGAAGGAGGCCCAGAAGUCGCUGCACCACCGCUGACUGUCACGCUGCACCGGCCCCGCGCCACGCCGCGACUGUCCCGCCUUAUUAAACACCGCGCCCCGCAGCAGCAGAAAGAAGCGGUACACACCUCUCCAUGCAAAAUGUUUACAUUUUUAAAAAAACGUUGGGAGUAACGCGACAACGAGAACAUUCAUUUCUUUUUUUGGGGGGGGGGGGGGGGGGGGGGGGGUUGCAAAGGCGGCUACUUUGUAUUAGCUACUAGACUCGCCACAAUGAUGCAUCCUGCCGAGAGACCUCCGUAGCAAAUACUCGUUGUGUGCGUGCGUUUGUUUGUGUCUCUGUGUGAAAAAAAAUUCCUGGUGGCGGGCGGCGUCUAAUCGCUGUUAAAAACAAAAAAAAACAAAAAAUGUGUGGUUGUUGAAAAAAAAAAAAAAAACAGGAAGAAAAAAAAAAUGAUACCCGCUUUGUUGGAUGUUCUACAUGGAAAAGAAAUGUGGUGUGUGUGUGCAAGCGUAUAACGUUCAAUGUAAAAAGGUUGACAAAAGUUUACAAAAAUUAAGAACUUUUUUUUUUUUGUAAUUGUAGUGCUUCCUUGAUUUGAUCUAUGCACCGUUGGGAGGUAUUUUCUGCUUUACCCGCAGUCACCGUUGACGCUAAAUUCCCAAAUCCCGCUUUCUACUGAGGCGCCCCCUACUGGCUUGAGUUUGUUAAACGACAUGGAGAUCACAAUGUGGGAAUGUUUCACCUAAAGAGUCGGAGGGUAAUUUUAACUUCGAUAAGCCAUGAUUUGUUUGUUGUUAUAUCAGGUUCUCGAGGGCUUCUAGCAUUAGCUUUAGCCAGUUAGCCCACAAUGCACCUCUGUUGUACGUACACCCUCAACGAUAGCUUUAGCCGUCAAACAUGACCAUAGCACAACUCGUUUGGGCCAACUGAUGCCAAGCAGAUGCAACAAAGCUUCUGUACAACAGCCAAGAUUUCCCUUAAAUAUGAAGUUGUAUGGACAAAUGUGUCCCAAAUUCAUUCAGCUGGCCUGACUGAGGGGAUGUAUUUGAUCGACAACGUUUAAUUUUGGCCCACACAAAAGAUUUAAUGAGAUUCAAUGAAAGUCUAAAAGUCUCAUGACGUAUACAUGUGAGUGUUAAUCAUUCCGUUGUUGAUUGGAAAAGGUUCAGACGGCGAAACAUCUCUAUACGUGACAUGUAUUUGCAUAUAUGGUAAAGUAAAAAGCUCAUAUGUACUUGUAAUUUUUUUAUACGAUUGUAGGCCUACUAUAAAAAAGUAAAAUAUCAGCAAAAGUAACGCAGGCAUCAAGUAUUUAAGAGUGAGAUGCAAGUUUGCUAACGUGGGAUUCAUCUUUCGUCAUUGCUUUUGUGCCAAACAUUAUUAAAUAUGGACAAUGUGAUAUCAUGACGAAGCCAACCAAGACACCACGUGACCAUUUGGUGAUGACACAGCGAACGCUCCUAUUUCCAAGUAUUAACUUUAGCCAGCUUGCACAACAAAAUUGUCCCUCUGUUUUCCAAUGUUAGCUUUAGCCAGCUGCCAUGACCACAAUGCUUCAGUUUUACAUAGGCCUACAUACAUAGCUUUAGCAAGCUAUCACAACCACAAUGCACCUCUAUUUUCUAGUGUUAUCUUCAGAUAGCUGGCAUGACCUCAAUGCUCCCGCCUAUUUUCUAGUGUUAUCUUUAGAUAGCUGGCAUGACCACAAUGCGCCCGCCUCUUAUACAUUUUUACAGUGGACCCCUGCAUACUCACGGUUCAACACCCGCGGAUUCUCCUUUCCACUGAAUCCCCCCCAUGUUUUGAAUUUUCUUUGCAUUUUUGUUUUUUUUCUGUAUCUGUGGGGAACCAAGCCCAAAAACACUUAUUAGUGGUUUAUCCUUGCUUAUUCAAAUUGUUUUGGGGGUUUAAAAAAAAAAAAAAAAAAUUCAUUUUCACUGCAUUAAUAAUGGCCAUCAAUUGUCCGUGGAUCUUCGCUAUUCGCAGUCCAACCCGGUCACAAGCCUCUGCAAAGAGCGGGGGUCCACUGUACUUAGCUUAGGCAUACUAGCACAACCGCGCCGUGCCUCUAUUUUCGAGUUUUAGCUUUAGCCAGCUAACAUGACCAGAGUGCUCCUGUUUUACACACAUACUUCGGUGUAGCUAGGUAACACAACAGCAUCGUUCCUCUAUUUUCUAGGGUUAUCUUUAACCAGCUAACACGAUCUCAUUUCCACUUUAUUUUCCAGCAUAAACUUUAGCCAGCGAGCAUGACCACAGUGCACCUGUUUUACAUACGUUGUUAACAUUAGCCUUACCCAUCUAACACAACCACAUAACACUGUUUUUUGUAGGCUUAGCAUUAGCCACAAGUACAACCACAGUAAACUUCUUGUUUUAGCAUUAGCUUUAGCCGGCUAGCCGUCUCAAUGAAACGAUCAAUAAAGAUGGAACAUUCCCACAUUGGAGGUUGUGAACCGGUCCACUGCGCUGAUGCAACCCAUCUUGUUUACAUUUGAAUUGCAGCAUGCGGUAUCCCUUGGGGGGGGGGGGGAAAAACCCACAAUCACCGGGUCCCAGCGGCGGCGGCGGCGGCAGCGCCCCUACGAGAAAGACUUGACUGACUUGUGUUGGUUUGCUCUGAUGGAAUGUAUUUGUCAUUCUGAAUGUAAACAUCUCCUUUAGCGGCGGUUAGUUGCGCCCGACGUGGCCAGUAGGAGGCUCCAAGUAAAAAAACAAAAAGUGAAGGGAACGUCUGAAUUUAGCGCGUAAAUGACGCGGGAGGUGUCAGCCGAGCAUCUCUACCUCAAGUCCAUGCGCCGAUGCUCUCGCCGCCGCCAUCGUGCUAUCCCGUCAGGGUUCAUCCUCUGAAGCCUCUUCUGCACGCCGUCAUGUUUGUAGUCUUAAAAAAAAUCAAAUCUCGCCACCAUUUUACAUGCCAGUAUGACCAUGGUGUUUGGCUUUAGCUAAUUGGCUUGACCCCAGGGUACCAUUAUGUUCCGUAUGCCAAUAGCUUUACCCCAGCUUACAAGACCACAACUCAGCUCUAUUUUCUAGCGUUACCUAUAGCCAUCUAGUGCAACCACGGCACACCUCUACAUACACACUUAGCAUAAGCUUUCUCCAGGAAGCAUGACCAUAACUCACCUGUAUGUACUAGCUUUAGCCAUCUAGCAUGAACAUAGUACACCUCUAUUUUACAUAUACAAUUAGCUUUAGCCAUCUAGCAUACACUUCUAUUUUAGAUACACAGCACUUGUUUUACAUACAUUCUUAGCCAAUACACUCUUAGCAUUAGCUUUAGCCAGCUAGCACGACCACAACACCUUUAUUUUACAUACACUUUUAGCCAUACAAACUUAGCUUUCACCAGCUAGCACAAACAGAGUGCAACUUGACAUACACUAUUAGUGUUGGCUUUAGCCAUUUAGCCUGACCACAGUGUAUUUCUAUUUCCUCGUAUAAGCUUUAGUCAUCUAGCGUGACCACAGCGCACCUCUGUUUCACACAAACAGUUAGCGUUAGCUUUUACUCAAAAUGUUUGCCACUGGUUGACGUCUCUGCACCAAAACGGCAACGUGUGGAAGAGGCUUCAGUCUGGAGCACUUCCUCUCCUCGCCAAAAUAAGACGCAGCUCCGCGCAGGUUUGAGGCCUUGUUUUUCCUGGUCCUUCCACAGCGACUCAACUCUCUUGCACGCACACACAAACACACUCACACAUACACAAGAACGUUGAAUGUUUACAUCAUGGUUUACAUAAAGAGAAGCUCUAAUAUAAGAUGACAUAUUUACAGUAUAGUCGUAUAUAUAGUGUACAUAGCACUAAACACGGUAUCUUUUAUUUUGGCGGCGGCGGGAUUUGGAGGGAACGUUGAUGUAACUUGACACACAAAGUCCGACACUGUUAAAAAAAAAAAAGUAAGUCAUAAAUCCCUUUAGACGAUCACAUUUGUUGUUGUUUUCCCCGUUGUUCGAUGCAAUACGUAAGAAUGGUCACCCGGAGGAAUGUGAUCGACACAUGUACAAAAAUCCAUAGUGAUCUUGCACACUUAACGUCCCGACUGGGAUUGGGGGGUGGGGGUGAAGAGACAAGGGGAGAGAGAGGCAGAUGAUGAUGAUGAUGAUGAUGAUGAUGAUGGUGGUGGUGGUGGUGGUGGGGUAAUUGGGAAUUUGUGCUAACACAAAUUUACCUUUCAAUCUGAGUCACAGGAAACCACAGAAAUGAUUUGAAUUCUGAAACGUACAUGUACUCACAUGCAUACACUUCCAUACACACAAACGUGGAUCAACUUACAUACACGUAAGCUUCCAUACACAAACUUACAUACUGUACAUCAAUUUGUAUCCAGAAUCAUACAUAUAUACAUCCAAAUGUAAGUCUACGAACUUGCACACACAAACUUGCAUCAACUUAAUUAAAUUUACAUAUAUUAACAUCCAUCCACAUACAUGUACAUACAUUGUACAAUGUCCAUCCAUCCACUUUCAACACCGCUUAUCCUGGUUAGGGUCGCGGAGCGCUGGAGCCCAGCUGACUUUGGGCGAACGGCAGACUACGCCCUGAACUGGUCGCCGGUCAGUCGCAGGGCACAUAAAGACACGGGAAGCCAUCCGCACUCACAUUCACACCGUCACUGAGUGGGAACUGAACCCACGCUGCCCCCACCAAAGUCAGGCGAGUGUACCACGAUACCAUCAAUAACCACAUUGUACAAUGUACAAACACAAAUUUACUGAUAAACUUACAGGAUUACACAAACGUACCUACCGCUAACAUACAGUACACGUCAAAUUACCUAUAUCAACUUAUAUUAACUUACAUACAAGUAUGUAAGUACAUAACAUGUACACGUGUCAACUCACAUGCACAUAAACUUUCACCAACUUCCAUGCGUAGAAUCAAUUAAAUGAGUGAACUGACAUACACCAGCUUGCAUUCAUACAAAUUUACACGAGCACACAUACAUAAAGGCACAUAAAUAAAUGCACACAUAAACUUAUGAUAGGACAAAAACUUUCCUUCAUCACUUACAUCCAUAAACUUACAUCAAUUUACAUAAAUGAGCACUUGGAUAUAAACCGACAUAUGUCUCUGUUAUAUUAGAUUUGCAUUACAAUACAAUAAUAGAAGUUGCUGAGAUCUCGUCAACAUGUCAUCACGGCAUCACAUGAUCUUGUCAUCACAUGAUCACGGCGAAGCCUUCAAAUCGGCAGGAGGCUCUUCCCCUUCCGCACCGCGCCCCUCCCACCCAAUCCCGAACGCCACUGAGGACGUUUUAUUCAAAAGAACUUUUUCAAUAGCCAUAUUCUAAAAAGGGUACAUACAUAUAUAUGAAUAUAUCUCAAUAUAUAUUUGUGUGUUUGUGUAGAUAUAGCUAGAUGACGAUAUACUUUUUUAUAGAAAACUUUUGUGUUUUGAGAAGACACAUUUCAAGUAUAAUAAUAAGCACUGUCCACUCGGGCUACUUCCAAUCAAUCCAAAUAUGAAUAUUAAUAAUAAUAACAAUAAUCAAACCUUCCAAAGGGAAAAUAACCCCGCCACAAUGCAAUACUUCCUGCUCUUUGUUUGGGAAAAGUGGGGGGAAACCGGCAAGAAAAACUGCAAACUUUGACACCCCCCGCCCCCCACCCCCACCCCCAUAAUAAUAAUAAUAAUAAAACAACAAAAACAAGUUGGCGGCUUCUAUCUUUUCUUUCCACGUGCUAUAAUGUUGAUUUUUCUACUAUUUUCUCAGUUUAGAAAAAUAAUAACAAUAAUAAUUUAACGCACAAAAUAAACUUUUAAGGAUGACAGAUGAGCACUUGGUAGGCAAAUUAAUCUAAUUGAAACAAUAAAUAUAGAUAUAAUAAUAAAUAUAAAAGAAAACAAUAAAUGUGAGCAGGUGGAACAAAAUAAGAUAAAGGGCAUAUGUUUUAUUUUGACUUCUUGUACUGACUAUCAAGCUCACCUCUUUUUUUUUUAACCUAAAAUAUGCUGAAUACUUCUAGUGAGAUUUUAUAUUUUUACAUAUGUUCUUUUUUUUAUUAUUUAUGCUACACUUAGUUUGGCUGUUUCUUGUUGUUUUUUUUUUUUUUUUUUUGUUGAGGUGUUCUCUCUAUUUUUUUUUUUUCUUUGUGUGUGAUUUCAUGUCAGGUGAAGAAUGUGGAGAGACAGGCGGAGGGGAAAAAAGGCAUUUCAGUAUUUUUGAAUUGUUCAAAUCUAGUUUCAUAGAUGUUAUUGUUAUAAAUUAUAUUUUGAUUGGUGUACAUAGUUUGAAAGAGGAAACACUGACAUUCUUUUAAAAUGAAUACAUUUUUCUCUUCAGAGAUUGUUUACAUUAUGAAACUGUAGAGACGUGCUCCUCAUAUACUGUAUAAAGGACAUAUAUUCAUUGAUUUUCCUCCAGAAAUAAAAUCCUAAUGAACAGCA